GAUCUCUGUAUCGAUGUCUACGACGAGGCUGAACGCCGCCUGACCAACUCCUUUCUGGAGCCCACUUUCGAUGCGAACGCCGUCCCCGCGACAUCGGCGCCAAGCAACACCGGUCGUCCUCACUCCAUGGUUGCCGCCAGCACCUCGGUGGCUCCCUCGGGGCCUGACAAGCAGCCCUCCUCCCUCAUCCUCUUCUUCCUCCCCCCCAACACCGCCUACUCCUCCGUGCGCAACCAGGCCCGCCAGAAACUCGGCCGGCUUUCCAUGACAGAGUUCCGCUACCUCGUCGUCGACGUGCUCCACGAAGCCGCCAGACGUCUUGUGCCCCUGAUCGAGUCCACCUCUCUGCCGCUCGCCGUGGUCAAGCCGAAACAGCGCCAUCACGACUACACCAGUUAUGGUGAAGACGAGGCCGCUGUGGUGCCCAGAAAUCGAUCCAAGGCCGGCGGUGGUUCCGUGGAUGAUCCCGUCUACGAUCAGGUCGCUGUAGAGAUUGAGGGAGGCACCGUGAAGCGUAUCUCCGCUGCACCGUCUACGUCCGUCUCUGAAGCCAACAGCACACCGGCGACCGAUUCAGUCACAGAGCCGCCGAAGCCGGAUCAACAGGUGCUCGUGUCGUCUUCCACAACCAACGCCUCGGGGUUGUCUCCGAGUCACUCGACGUCGCACCAGACCACCAACGUCUCCCCGGGCAUCGAUUCACGUCCUGGCAACCUUCCCGGAUCCAGGCGACUGCAUCUCGCUGCGGUGGGACGUCUCGCUGCUCACCGAGCGAGCGUCCCGGCGUCAAGUCACGGGCCGUCGUUUGCGGCACUGCACAAGCCGCUGGCCAACAACCCUGUCAACUCGGCGUCGUCCUCGCACAGUUCCCUGGAGCGCUGUGUCGGUCCCACGAUGCUGCACCAAUCGCAGGACCCAGUUCUGCCGCGUUGCGCGUUGGUUUCAGUUGAGGUGCAGGCGGCGGCACUCUGUUGCCUCGAGGCUCAAGGUGAAAUCGCGCAGCUGCGAGCGACCAAUCACGCUCUUCAGGAAGAGGCUGCGAAGGCAGCCAGGGAGUUGUCCAGCCUCACUGCGCGAGUCAAUGAAUUGGAGCUAGUCUGUGAACGCCUCAAUGAGGAGAAUAACGCUUUGAAAGCAGCCUUCUCCGCUGGCAUGGUAAUGACCCAUGAAGCUGCACUCUCGUCUCCGUCCAUGGUUCCCCACGACGGCUCCCACAAGCGCACCACAACCGAAGGUGCCGUAGACGACAACGACGAAGACGACGAAGAGUACACCAACGAGGACGUCUCCAAGGCAACCCCAGGAUCACGUAUUGGCAAUGGCUCGAGCAAUUACGCCGUGGGAAGCCAGUGUCUCGACUCGGGGAUCCUCCUGCGUCAGGGUAUUUCCCUCUGGGGUCGGUCGGCCUCCCCUGGGAACAACGCGGCGGGCGCCGUGGACGCGGACGCUGCGCCGAAGGUGUCCGCGACCGCUGCCUCUGCACAGGCGCAACAGGCGGCUGGCAGUCAGCCACAGCGAGCCUACGUCAACCUGCAAAAUCAGGCUUCGCCUUCCAGCCGACCGCAGCAGUCCAGCAGGCAACAGCAGACGUCUGCCUCUGGCAGUGCGUUGCAUGAGGUGGACGUUGCGGACGACUACACGUCGCCAAACGAGACCGGAACACCGAGUCCAGCGCCCGUUCACCCCGCGGCAAUCCACCUCGCGCGUUCCACACCCAACCCAGGAGGUGUUAGGAAGAGUCCUGCGGUCCCCGGUGAACCACUUGAGUACUCCGUACCGCCCCCGAGCGGCGGAGGUCAGUUGAAGAAGACGCCACCAGCGUUGGGUGGUGUGAGCGGUGCGAGUCAUUGGAAGAACCCACCGUACGAGCGAAUUGUUCGAGGCGUCGAGUGCAUUAUCGUUCGGAUCCGGGGACUUCUCGAUGCUGCCAAUUCGCGUCGGUCGCACGAACAGAUCCGAUCGUCUCAACUCAUACAAGCCGCCGUUCAGGACCUGGUUGUGCUGUUUCCGCCAAUCAGCAAAUGCCACACGACCAUCGGGACGGCCCUAACCACCCUCAUGUCGAACUCGCAGAAACUCCGCUUGUACUGUGAGGCAAACUCAUCCGCCGGCGAGGCAUCAGGCGGCGGCGGCGGCGGUGGUGGUGCACCAGCAGCGAGCAGUCAGCUGAUCACGUUUGCCCACGAAAUCGCAAGCGCCGCCAAAACCAUCCUCAACUUCUUCCAGUCCGAACGACGUUGA